AUGUUCUUCAGCGAUAUCGUCCCAACCAUCGAUCACUAUGUCUCUCUCAUCGCAAGAUGCGUCGCCGAGAAACACCUGAAGCUCGGCAUGACCGUCCACAAGGCUUUUGAUGAUCUUGAUACAAUGAACAGUUACUCUUGGAACACCAUCAUAUCUGCAUAUGCUCGGAUAGGCGAUUUCAAGAAGGCCCUCGUCUUGUUCGAUGAAAUGCCGCAGAGGGCUCUUGUCUCUUAUAAUUCCUUGAUUUCUGGGUUGUCCCGUCAUGGGUUUUAUGUGGAGUCUCUGAGCGUCUUCAUGCAUAUGCAAAAAGAAUAUGAUUGUCUGUUCAUGGAUGAGUUUACUUUUGUGGGUGUUGUGGGUGCUUGUGCUCGCUUGGGUGCAUUUAAGUUCUUGCGCCAGGUUAUGCCUGAGAAGGAUAUUGUGUCUUGGACUUCCAUGGAUGUUGCUUAUACGCAAGCUCAGAACUUAGAUGACGCUUGCUUUGUGCAGAAUGGCCAUGGUGAUGAAGCUUUGGACCUUUUUCUUCAAAUGCAUGAGGAAGGAAUACAACCAAGUCCUCAUACUUUUGUCAGUGAUCUAUGUGCUUGUGCUGAUCAAGCACUUGGUGAAAGAGGCAAACAGAUCCAUGGUUACAUCGCGAGGACCUGCUUUAAUAAAGCUUUGGAGAACAUAUUCAUAUGGAAUGCUCUAAUUGACAUUUAUUGCAAGUGUGGUGACAUGAGAUCAGCUGCGAUCUUAUUCUUGAGGAUGCUGAAAAGGGAUAUUGUAUCAUGGAAUUCGAUGAUAACUGGGUUUGCGCAAAAUGGUCUAGGCCAUGAGUCACUUGUUUUUCUCAAGACAAUGCUAGAGAUGAAUGUAAGACCCAACCUUAUCUCGUUUCUUGGCGCUCUAUCUGCUUGCAGCCACACAGGUCUAGAUGUUGAAGCGCUUCAGAUUUUCAAUGCAAUGGAAAAGGAUUACAGCCUCCAACCCAGAUUCGAUCACUACACUAUUUUGGUCGAUCUGCUCGGGAGGAAAAACAGACUUGAGGAAGCCAUGGAGUUAAUAGAGAGUGUCUCAAACAAAUCAAAGCAUGUUGGAAUGUGGGGUGCACUUUUGGGUGCAUGCAAAGUCCAUGGUAAUCUAGUUAUUGCCCGAAAAGCUGUGGAUGCUCUAUUGAAUUUGGAACUGCAAAAUGCUGCGAGGUAUGUUAUGUUAUCAAGCAUAAAUGCCAAACUAACAGAUGGGAUGAUUCCUGCGGAGUAA